UAACAUUGAACAGAAAAUCACAUGGAGUUUGCACCAUGUUAGAAACAGCAGUGUUGGUCCUUAUAAUGGCGUUGUGGUGACAGCUGUGUUAAAGCUGCGUGUGUCUGCUGGUGGGUUGAUAGUUUUCCCCUUCCUUUUCCCUGCCUGUCUUUCUCUCUUGAGCUCCGGCUUCUAUGAAAUACCUGUGCACGAAGCUGUCACCUGCCGCAGUACUAAAGUCCACUGAAAGGAGAAAUAAGUGGGCGGUGUCACCGUAAUCAUUUGUUGCGUCAACCAAUCACAUCACAUAAUUCGCCUGCCUGUCAAAUCAAACGGAGUCAUGUUUACCUCAGCUUAUUCACGUUCACGCGCCACAUCUGGCUUCCUCAGCCAAGUACCUAAAGAAGGCAAAAGCAUAUUUUACAGAUGCACCGGAUGCAAAGUUGAUGAAGAUUUCAGCGAACAUGUAUACGAGGCUGGAGAAAGAAUAAUGAGGUAUUAUGGUAAUAUUGGGAAACGCAUAGGAGAACACUUUGCAGAGAAAGCACAGGAGCUCAUUGAGAUGUAUAAAGCUGAUGAGAAGAUGGUAGUGCAGAGCAUUCUUUCUUUAGUUGGGAAACAGUUUCUGCUUCAUAUUGGUGCCUCAGACCUUCAUAAUGUUUCUUUGGCUUCAUGGCAAUAUUAUAUCAACAUGGGGGAAGAUCUCAAUGUGGAAGGGCUUAUGUUCCAAAUGGUGGAAAAAUUAGUGGAGGAUUUCCCUAAGGAGUGUUUGCUCCUGAAUAAAGCAGUGAGCAAGAUUAAGUGGGAUGGUGCUUUCUGUGGUAAAGAAGGCCAGGUGUAACCUGUAUGUGUGGUGUGCGAAGAUCGAGAUGAGAUUUUGGCAGAUCAUGUAAUUGUCACCAUCUCUCUUGAAGACAAAAAGGCAGCUCAUCAUAUUACAGAGAAACCUCCUGAACCUCCUUUGUAGUGGAAAAUUGACUCUUACAAACUGCUGACACUGGAGAUCUUUUGGUAAAUUUGGAAAAUUUAUGGAACAAAUUAAUCCUCCUUAAUCUUGAACAUAUAAAAUAUUCCAUAUAAUCCUGUGGUUUGUCUCGCAUCCAGCACUAUUGUCAAAACUGCUGUUAUAGAAAAUUAAUUGAAACCUUUUGAACAAUCACAUAUACACUAUAUGGCUAAAGGUAUGUGGACACCCGACUAUCACAACCUGAUGUGCUUGCUAAACGUCCCUUUCCAAAACCAUGUGCAUUAAUAUGGAGUUGCCGUUAUACCAGACUCCACUUUUCUGGGAAGAAUUUCCAGUAGAUUACGGAGCGUGGCUGUGGGAAUUUGUAGUCAUUCAGCCACAAAAGCGUUAGUGAGGUCGGACAGUAAUAUUUGACAAGAAUCCCUGGCAUGCAGUCAGCAUUCCAGUUCAAGGUCAAGGCUCUGUGCAGGCCACUCGAGUUCUUCUACACUAACCUUUACUAAACCAUGUAUUCAUGGAGUUUGCUUUGAGCACAGGAGCAUUGUCAUGCUAAAACUGGUCCUUAUGACUGUUUUAGUUCCAGUUAAGGGAAAUUGUAAUGUAAUUGUAAUUCUAUACAGCAUACAAAGACAUUCUAUUCUAUCUAUAAUUGUGUGCUUCCAGCUUUGUACCAGCAGUUUCGAGAAGACCCUCAUACUGUAUGGGUGUGAUGGUCAGGUGUCACAAAACUUUUAACAGUAUAGUGUACCUUCUGUAAUUCUGAUAUAGUGUAGAUAUACUAUUUCUUAUAUAUAUAUAUAGAUAUAGUUCAGAUAUACUUCUAUUUAAAAAUACUUAAAAUGACUUCUGACUCAAUAGAUAUUUUUUGUGAAGUAUUAAUAAAUUCGUUCAUUCUCAAAUGAAGCAUAAGAAACAUGCAACUGUGAUUUAUAUUAAGUUAAAUUAUAAUCCAGACAAAAUAUUUAAAUAGUUAGAUCACUUUCAUGAUAUACUUAUAUUUAUGUUAUAUAUUUAUAUGUUUAUUAUGUUUAUGUAUGUAUGUUAAAGUUCAUAUUUAAUUCCAGAGUAAAUUUACAUUUAGAAACUAUACAUUAAUUUAUUUAUUUAUCCAUUUUCUUCAAGAAUCCUAAUUUUACCCUAAAUGGCAUAAGAAUUAGAGUCACUGCAGUAUAACAUUUUUACAAGAUUAUUUUCAGAAAGCAUACAUUGUACAUGCCUCUUUAAACAGACUAGAGUUUCUUUUCUCCAACAGGCUGCCUGAAAGCUCAAGCAGCCACGUUCUUCAAUCCGAGUCUUUCAGCAAAGAAGAUGGAGGCGUUUGAUAAACUGGGUUUUGGCAAUAUUGGAAAGAUCUUUCUGGAAUAUGAGAAUGCUUUCUGGGAGAAUGAUGUCAGUCAUAUUAAAUUUAUUUGUGACGAUGACUCUGUUACAUCUGUGCACACCGAUCAAGCUCAGUGGUGGAAACACCUCGAACUGUUCACUGUGAUGAGACCCAAAGAAAACUAUGAUAAACAGCUAACAAUGCUGGUAUUCAAAUAUACAAAUAUGUUACAAUACUGGUUUUGGUUUCUAGGUUUGGAAAUGCUCUAAUUGGUUGGUGUCCUUCGGAUGUAGCUGACCUGAUUGAGACCAUGCCAGAGAACGAGUUAACCAGUGCCAUCACUGAACAUAUCAGGAUGUUUACUGGAAAUCCACAUAUUCCUCCACCAAAGACAGUUCUGUGUAGAGAGUGGCGUAAUAACUGCUUCACACGUGGUGUUUGUAGUUUUCUCCCUGUUGGUGUAGAUGUGCUGGACAUGGAUGUCCUGGCACAGUCUUUAGUGGGCAAUAAGUACCCAAACAAGGAUCUUCAAGUUUUGUUUGCUGGAGAAGCAGCUAUAAAGUCUCUGUAUGGGACUGUGCAGGGAGCUCUGAUCUCUGGACACAGAGAAGCAGAGAGACUGCUGAAAUACAACAAAGUAAUCAUGCCUACUACUGUUUCCUGUGCCACACACACUUAAAAAAAUUCAAAUACACUACACCUCUGUAACUCACUUCACAAAAUGUCUUCUCAUGAAAAAGUUUCAUGUUUGAAAAACUCCCACUGUGGUUACUAAAAUAAAAUAAAGGGGGAAAUGUCUUUGUUUGACACUUGUGCUUUUGAAAAUGAUUUCAGUUCUUAUAACCAAAUACACAUGUAUGCAUAUCCUAUCCCUAGCAUAUCUAGUCAAAAAAAAGUGACAGUUGUUAUACGUAUGAGAACCACUUAUGGACUACCAAAGCAUAGGAGUAGCUCCUAGUCCUAGAAGUAAGUGAAAGAACUCAUCUCCAGUUAUCGGAAGCGUUUGGUUGCAGUUAUUGCUGCUAAAGAUGGCACAAACAGAUUUUAAGUUUAAUGGGUCAGUUAGUUUUUCACAUUGGUAAUAGGUGUUAGAUAACUUUUUUUUCUCUCUUUUUCUUCAA